UCAUCUCAAAUAAGAAUAGUGCAAGUUGCAGUGCAACGACGACGGCUAAAGUGGUGCUUUAUUAUGUCUGUGAACUGUGGUGUGCUAGGAAUAGGAGACAUAGGGGCAUUAUAGCGUAUCAAAGAGAUUCAAUCUAUUUCCAGUUAAAUCGUUAAAUUGUUAAGUCGCGUCGGUUCGGUAUCGGUAGAAAAGCAGAGCAGAGCAGAGCAGAGCUCGUUUUAAAUUCAUGGACAGAUGAUAGAUAACUUUUAAAGGUUCCAGAAAACAAGGCUUUCUCUAUUAGUAUGGGUGGUAGUGGUGGUAGCUACGGUUUUUAUAAUAUUAUCGUCGCAUCGGUCGUCCGUCGUAUGUCGCCGACUCAACUUUAGCUCCCAUUUAAUCUUUUUUUUGCUGUGUUCCUUAUGGUCCGCACAAGCCAAAGCCAGCCCGCCUCAAAGCCUUGUUUCUGCUUCUCUUAACACUCUUCUCUCGCGUCGUCGUUGUCUCGUCUCGAUUCGUCUCGUCGUUAUCGUUGUUGUUGUCGUCGCCGUCGCCGUUGUCGUUGUCGUCGUCAUCGUCUUUAUCGUCUUCGUCGUAGUUUUCAAAUCAAAAGCUCUUAGAAUUUCAAGUAAAUUCAACAAACGAAGUAAAAUAGUUAUAUAAAUAUUUUAUACAUAUGCCAGCUAUAUAUACAAAAAUAAAAAUAUUGGAAAUUAGACUGAAUCUGUGAAUUUUGUUAUUCUAAAAAAAUAAAACAACAAAAAUUAAGAAAACAUCGCCCGAUUUCAUUGUGAUUUAAAAACAAAAAAAAAAAAACAAAAAAAAACUGUUUUGUGAUAGAGAGUGAUAUGGUGUUGACAUUUGUGUGAAAUCUAUAGAAGCACCCACAGGUCAUGUAUCACAUCAUCACUCUAAGCUUUAAUACCAAAAAGGAAUAUAUUUUAUGAGAAAAAAGUCGUAACUUCUUUUCUUUUGAGACUCAUUUAAAUUAACAUAAAUAUUCAUAGCGGAAUCGAUCUACAGAAGAAUAAAAUAUAUAUAUAAAUAUAUAUCAACAUAAAUACUAUUUAAAGAUAACUAUUAUACACAGUAAUUCAAAUACUUUCAUGCGUCAAUAUUACACAAGAUAUAUUAAAUAUUUGAUUAAAAAAGUGCAAUAAAUGUUUUUAGUAUUUUUUUCUUUUUUAAUUUAUUGUUGAUGAAGUGAAAAUAAAGAUAAACUUAUAAUUAUUAUAAAUUUGUUGUUCAAAAAAGAUCAUAAUAAAAACGACAACAACGAACGAAUUGUUAAUAUAGAAAUUUUAUAAUUAGAAAAGUGAAUUUCAUACGAGAUAAAGUUCUAAAAAUGCCACUUUUUGGCAAAAAGGACUCGGGUAAAAAAAGCAAAAAGGAAACUAAAGAUCUCAAUAAACAAAUCUCAAUUGAAGAUAAAUAUAAUCUUCAAGGAUUACUUGGAACUGGUGCCUUUUCAGAAGUUCGUUUAGCUGAGAGCAAAGACAAUCCUGGACAACAUUAUGCGGUUAAGAUUAUCGAUAAAAAAGCAUUAAAAGGAAAAGAAGAUUCACUCGAAAAUGAAAUCAAAGUUCUACGAAGGUUCAGCUCCAAUCAAAAUGAUCCGGAUGGACCUAGUGGACCGCGGCUUACACAUCCGAACAUAGUACAGCUGCUGGAAACUUAUGAGGACAAAUCGAAAGUGUACCUAGUAAUGGAAUUAGUUACCGGCGGUGAGCUUUUUGAUCGAAUUGUUGAAAAAGGAUCGUACACCGAAAAAGAUGCUGCCGAUUUGAUAAGACAAGUUUUAGAAGCUGUAGAUUAUAUGCACGAACAAGGUGUUGUACAUAGAGACCUUAAACCCGAAAAUCUUUUAUAUUAUAGCGCAGAUGAGGACAGUAAAAUUAUGAUUAGUGAUUUCGGCUUAUCAAAAAUGGAAGACUCUGGAAUAAUGGCCACAGCGUGUGGUACACCUGGUUACGUAGCCCCAGAAGUUCUCGCACAAAAACCAUACGGCAAAGCGGUUGAUGUAUGGAGCAUAGGUGUUAUAUCUUAUAUACUAUUGUGUGGUUAUCCACCGUUUUAUGAUGAAAACGAUGCGAAUUUGUUUGCACAAAUAUUAAAAGGGGAAUUUGAAUUUGACUCGCCAUACUGGGAUGAAAUAAGUGAUUCUGCAAAGCACUUUAUACAGAAUUUAAUGUGUGUUAAUGUUGAAAAACGAUACACAUGCAAAAAAGCUCUAGCACACGCAUGGAUAUCCGGAAAUGCCGCAAGCAGCAAAAAUAUUCAUGGAACUGUUUCAGAGCAACUUAAAAAGAACUUUGCCAAAUCUCGCUGGAAGCAAGCAUAUUAUGCUGCAACUGUCAUACGUCAAAUGCAGCGUAUGGCUUUAAAUAGCAAUGCAGCAGGUAAUAGCAGCAAUGCAGUUAACCCAGAGCCUUCAUCUAUGACUUCUACAAUGGAAACAGAGCCAAGUAUAAUAACAACAAAUGAAACUGAUUCAGCCGAAGUAUCAACACCAUCCGCCAAUAUUGCUAAUCAAGAUGACAGUCAGAUGGAUUGUAAUGACACACCGUCAGUUGUGAAUGGGAGGACCCCGCCAAAAUAGAUUUUAUCUGAUCCUAUCUAAUAUAUUAAUGUAAACGACUUCAUCCUCACUUUUGAUUUUUCUUUUACAGAAUAUAUUUCUCUUAACUAAAUAAAAUACAAAUAAAAAGAAUAAUUAUAAGUAAUUGUUAUCCAAGCGAAUUCGUUAAUUUGUUAUACUGGUAUAUUAUUCGAACUUUGUUAAUUUAAAAAUUAAACUUAAAAAACAAAAUGCUUGUUAUUUAAAAUUAAAACAAAACAAAACAAACAAAAUAUAAAGAAGACAUCAUGAGAUUAAAAUGAACUUCAAAAAAAAAAAAAAAAAA